AUGUACAACCCGGCCGCCGUCGCCGCCGCCAUUGAGCAGUUUGGCGCUGCGCCCGAGGCCGGCCGUCCGCACGGCGUGGCCCUCGCGGGCACCGAGACGCCGAACCGCAGCGCCAUCUACCGCCACUGGCAGUUUGCGGACCGGCCGCUGCUCGAGACGCUCGACCCGGCGGUGCGCACCCUGCACGACCUCUUCGCGUCCUCGGCCGAGCAGUUUCCGCGCAACGCCUGCCUCGGCGCCAGACAGUGGCGGCCCGCCACCGGCACGUGGGACGACGGCUUCACCUGGCUCACGUACGGCGAGGUCGCGGAGCGCCGCAAGAACUUUGGCGCCGGCCUCGCGGAGCUCCACGAGCGCAUCGGGCACCCCAAGAAGAGCCAGUAUCCGGUCCCGCUGUGGGCGCCGAAUAAGCCCGAGUGGCAGAUUGUUGAGCUCGGCUGCAUGUCGCAAGGCCUCUUUACCGUGUCCCUCUACGAGACACUCGGCCCCGACACGGCCGAGUUUAUCCUCAACCACGUCGAGGCCUCGUGCAUUGUCGCCUCCCUCCCCCACAUCCCCAGUCUUCUCAAAAUCAGCCCCCGUCUGCCCCAUCUCAAGAUGAUUAUCUCCAUCGACCCUCUCGACAACGGCGAGCCAGAGGCGUACACGAAGCGCGCCCUGUUGUCCGAGCUGGCGACCCAGCGCGGCCUGCAACUAUACUCGCUGGACGAGGUCGAGCGGCUCGGGGCCGCGUCCCAGAGACCGAUGCGGCCGUCGACGGCGAAUGACAUCUACACCAUCAACUACACCUCGGGCACGACGGGCGUGCCCAAGGGCGUCAUCAUCACGCACAAGUCGGCGCUCGCGUCCAACUGCGUCAGCCGCAUCAUGAGCGGGGGCAUGAGCAGCGACGUGGGCCUGUCGUACCUGCCGCUCGCGCAUCUCCUGCAGCGGCUCGUCGAGCAGGAGGCGUUUGCGUCGGGCUCGCGCAUCGGGUACUUUCGGGGGGAGCUGACGGGCCUGCCCGAGGACAUCAAGGCGCUGCGGCCGACGACGUUCAUCUCGGUGCCGCGCGUCUUCAACCGGUUCAACGCGGCGAUCCGGGCCGCGAGCGUCGACGCGCCGGGCUUCCGGGGCGCGCUCUCGCGGCACGUCGUCGACGCCAAGCUCGCCACCAUGCGCCUGCCCAUGGGCGCCGCGCACAACACCCACUGGCUCUACGACCGGCUGUGGACGGCCCGGGUCAAGGCCGCCAUGGGCUUUGACCGCCUGCGCGCCAUGGGCGGCGGCAGCGCCCCGAUCGACCCGCAGGUGCAGACGUUCCUCGGCGCCGCGCUCGGCAUCCCCUUUGCACAGGCCUACGGCAUGACCGAGUCCUCGGGCGUCGCCACCUGCCAGCUCAAGGGCGACUUUGAGACGGGCCACGUCGGCCCGCCGAUGCAGUGCGUCGAGAUCUGCCUCGAGUCCGUGCCGGAGCUCGACUACCGCGUGAGCGACCGGCCCCGGCCCCGCGGCGAGGUGCUCAUGCGCGGCCCGUCCAUCUUUGCCGGCUACUUCCGCAACGAGGCCGAGAAUGCCAAGGCGAUCGAGCCUGACGGCUGGUUCCACACGGGCGAUAUUGCCGAGAUUGACGAGCUCGGCCGCGUCCGCAUCAUUGACCGCAAGAAGAACAUUUUGAAGAUGGCCCAGGGCGAGUACGUCGCCCCGGAGCGCAUUGAGAAUAUUUACGCGGCCAACUGCGGCAUGAUUGCCAACGGCCUCGUGCACGGCGACAGCUCCGAGUCGAGCCUCGUGGGUAUUUUCGGCGUCGAGCCCGAGUCGUUUGCCGCAUUUGCGUCCAAGGUCCUCGGCCGCGCCGUGGCGCCCGCCGACCUGGCCGGGGUGGUCGCGCACCCGGCGCUCAAGAAGGAGUUUCUCCGCAUCCUUGAAGAGAUUGGAAAGAAGAAGAAGCUGGCGGGGUUCGAGCGCGUCAAGAACCUGAUGCUGGCAGUAGAGCCGUUUUCGGUGGAGAAUGAGCUGCUGACACCGACGUACGUUGUGAUGAUGUCCCUGCCUGCGUGCGAUGCUAACAUUUUGACUUGUAGGCUGAAACUCAAGCGCCAACAGGCUGCCAAGGCGUAUCGCAAAGAUGUAGAUAGAAUGUACAAGGAGAUUGCAGAAAGCACUCCCGUGGCUAAGCUAUGA